CCAAUCACACGUCCAUGUUAAUGUACUCCAAGAUGGCGACCUCCACCGUUCUGUAUUAUACGGUAUCGGCAAUUGCAACAAAAGGACAUUAUUGACACACGUCAAAACUUUUAUUGUUGGUUGCUGCAAAGACAAGCCGGUUUAGUAUAUCGAAUCUGAAACGCUAAAAUCUUCUCCAAUGCGUUGUACAUUUGUAGAACUGCGCGCCGUGUUAGACUGAGGGGAUUUGCAUUAACCGAGCAUGGCCACCGACAACAUAAUUCAUUUCUGGAGGAAAAACGCGAAGGUUCCAGGAAGUAUACAGCCAGUUUAUGGAGCACAGCAUCCUCCCCUUGACCCCAGAAUACACCGCACGUUUCCUAAAGACACUCCCAAGGGAAACAAUCUCAAGUCUAAAAAAGCAUCUAGUUUCCACGAAUUUGCCCGUAGCACCAACGACGCCUGGGACAUUAAUGACGAGGACGAUGAGGACUUGUUAGCUCCCAUUCACCCCUCAUCUCUCCCGUCCACCCUGCACUCCGUGCACCAGGUGCCUCCCCUUCCUUUACAACAACCCAGUGACACCACCAGGGAGCCAGACACGGGGCCUGCAGACCGGCUGGCUCCCCCAACAGCAGAGGGCUGUCUUCAGCAGGAGGAGGACGCAGACUGUGGACAGAUCAAUGGCAGAGUGGUGGUGAAGUCCAGCAGUGAGGCCCUGCUCAACACCAAUUCAGUGCGCUCCACCCUGCAGAAGCAACAGUCUCUUCCAGUUCGUCCUAUCAUCCCGUUAGUCGCCAGAAUCUCCGACCAAAAUUCCUCGGGGGCCCCAAUCAUGACAGUGCGAGACAAGAGCCGAUUGGACAAAUUCAAAUACCUUCUGUCCUGUCCUAACACCGACCUUGAGGAGCUCCGGAAGCACAGCUGGUCAGGUAUUCCACGAGAAGUGAGGCCCAUUACAUGGAGGCUCCUCUCUGGUUACCUCCCAGCCAACAUGGAGCGCAGAGACCUGGUGCUGAAGAGGAAGAGAGACGAGUACUUUGGCUUCAUUGAACAGUAUUACCACUCCAGGACAGACGAAACUUACAAAGACACAUAUAGACAGAUCCACAUCGAUAUUCCAAGGACAAAUCCACUAAUUCCACUUUUCCAGCAGCCCACUGUGCAAGAGGUGUUUGAGAGGAUCCUCUUCAUCUGGGCUAUCCGCCAUCCAGCCAGCGGCUAUGUCCAGGGAAUCAAUGACUUGGUCACUCCAUUCUUUGUUGUCUUCCUCUCCGAAUUUGUUGUGGAGGAUGUGGAGAAUUUUGACGUAGCUUCCCUGCCUCUUGACACCCAGAGGAACAUUGAGGCAGACAGUUUCUGGUGCAUGACCAAGCUGCUGGACGGAAUACAGGACAACUACACCUUUGCUCAGCCAGGGAUUCAGAACAAUGUGAAAGCUUUGGAAGAAUUGGUCAGCAGAAUCGAUGAGGACAUACACAACUACUUUAAGAGGUAUGAGGUGGAAUACCUGCAGUUUGCUUUUCGUUGGAUGAACAACCUGCUGAUGAGAGAGCUACCUCUACGCUGCACCAUACGCCUCUGGGACACCUAUCAGGCUGAACAAGAGGGCUUCUCCCACUUCCACCUCUACGUCUGUGCUGCUUUCCUGAUCGAGUGGCGCAAAGAGAUCCUCUCCAUGGUCGAUUUUCAGGGUCUUCUCAUGUUACUCCAGAACCUUCCCACAAUCCACUGGGGGAAUGAGGAAGUGGGCCUUCUCCUGGCUGAAGCGUACAGACUCAAGUACAUGUUCGCUGACGCGCCCAAUCACUACAGGAGAUAGGCUUCUAUGCAAUGGUGUAAAACAGAUUCUGAUAUACUGUUAGGAGGAAUGUACGGUUUCCUUCCUCUCUUUGAUAUGACUGGCCGACAUAUAGCUUGCACACAGGUACAGAAUCGUUAGCUCAAAAUAGGAACCCUCAAACCCUAUUUCUACUAUAGUUUUCUUGCAGGUUCUCUCUGUUUGUUAAGACUUUUGUUGGCAAGUUACAUUCCACUGACACUGCAGCGUAUUAUCUCUGAGCCACUGGCUUAGACAUGUCAGUAGUAGUCUGUUACAAUUCAUGCGGUAGAGUAGUAGGUUCUGGACAUACAACACAGCUAAUCCUCAACUGACUAGGUAUCCCCCUGUCCCUUCAACCUUACUCCUAUUAACCAUAACCUUAUGUGAGUUCUGGUAUUGACGCUCUAUGCUGUUCUGGUAUGGGAACUCUAUACUGUUCUGGAAUUGGAACUCUACACUGUUCUGGUAUUAGAACUCUAUACUGUUCUGGUAUUGGAACUCUAUAGUGUUCUGGUAUUGGAACUCUAUACUGUUCUGGUAUUGGAACUCUAUAGUGUUCUGGAAUUAGAACUCUAUACUGUUCUGGUAUUAGAACUCUACACUGUUCUGGUAUUGGAACUCUAUAGUGUUCUGGUAUUGGAACUCUACGCUGUUCUGGUAUGGGAACUCUACGCUGUCCUGGAAUUGGAACUCUACACUGUUCUGGUAUUGGAACUCUAUAGUGUUCUGGUAUUGGAACUCUACGCUGUCCUGGAAUUAGAACUCUAUACUGUUCUGGAAUUGGAACUCUACACUGUUCUGGUAUUAGAACUCUAUACUGUUCUGGUAUUGGAACUCUAUAGUGUUCUGGAAUUAGAACUCUAUACUGUUCUGGUAUUAGAACUCUACACUGUUCUGGUAUUGGAACUCUAUAGUGUUCUGGUAUUGGAACUCUACGCUGUUCUGGUAUGGGAACUCUACGCUGUCCUGGAAUUGGAACUCUACACUGUUCUGGUAUUGGAACUCUAUAGUGUUCUGGUAUUGGAACUCUACGCUGUCCUGGAAUUAGAACUCUAUACUGUUCUGGAAUUGGAACUCUACACUGUUCUGGUAUUAGAACUCUAUACUGUUCUGGUAUUGGAACUCUACGCUGUUCUGGAAUUAGAACUCUAUACUGUUCUGGUAUUAGAACUCUACACUGUUCUGGUAUUGGAACUCUACACUGUUCUGGUAUUGGAACUCUAUACUGUUCUGGUAUUGGAACUCUAUACUGUUCUGGUAUUGGAACUCUACACUGUUCUGGUAUUAGAACUCUACACUGUUCUGGUAUUGGAACUCUACGCUGUUCUGGUAUUGGAACUCUAUACUGUUCUGGUAUUGGAACUCUAUACUGUUCUGGUAUUAGAACUCUAUACUGUUCUGGUAUUGGAACUCUAUACUGUUCUGGUAUUGGAACUCUACGCUGUUCUGGUAUUGGAGCUCUAUGCUGUUCUGGUAUUGCAGCUCUAUGCUGUUCUGGUAUUGAACUCUAUACUGUUAUGGUAUUGAGAUCUAUGCUGUUCUGGUAUUGCAGCUCUAUGCUGUUCUGGUAUUGAACUCUAUACUUUUCUGGUAUUGAACUCUAUACUGUUCCGGUAUUGAAGCUCUAUGCUGUUCUGGUAUUGCAGCUCUAUGCUGUUCUGGUAUUGAACUCUAUACUGUUCUGGUAUUGAACUCUAUACUGUUCUGGUAUUGCAGCUCUAUGCUGUUCUGGUAUUGCAGCUCUAUGCUCUAUGCUGUUCUGGUAUUGAACUCUAUACUGUUCUGGUAUUGAACUCUAUACUGUUCUGGUAUUGAACUCUAUACUGUUCUGGUAUUGAACUCUAUACUGUUCUGGUAUUGAACUCUAUACUUUUCUGGUAUUGGAGCUCUAUGCUGUUCUGGUAUUGCAGCUCUAUGCUGUUCUGGUAUUGGAGCUCUAUGCUGUUCUGGUAUUGCAGCUCUAUGCUGUUCUGGUAUUGGAGCUCUAUGCUGUUCUGGUAUUGCAGCUCUAUGCUGUUCUGGUAUUGGAGCUCUAUGCUGUUCUGGUAUUGCAGCUCUAUGCUGUUCUGGUAUUGCAGCUCUAUGCUGUUCUGGUAUUGAACUCUAUACUGUUAUGGUAUUGAGCUCUAUGCUGUUCUGGUAUUGGAGCUCUAUGCUGUUCUGGUAUUGCAACUCUAUACUGUUCUGGUAUUGCAACUCUAUACUAUACUGCAUAAAUGAAUGAUAUUUUAAUCCAGAGGGGAUAAAUACUUGGCCAUCGGUUUAUGGUCUUUUAAAUUCAAAUUCAUACUGGCAUUAAUCAGUAUUGGUUGUCUCAGAAGUUUUAACAUAUACUUGAAAGAACUCUGAAUGGAUGAUGAAUGUUUAAGUGAUCAUCGUUCAAGUUUCAGAGAGAAUAUAUUUUGAGUUAUUUCGAUUUUUAUCUAACAGAGUUUUGUGGUAAAGCUAGUCCGCAUAUUUGACCACUUUGUCCACCACUUGUUCCCUUCAUGGCUAUGUUGAGUCCAGUAAAAGGCCAGUCUGAAUAUCUACUGAACAAAUGGUCCAGUGUAGUACAACGUGAUACAAUGAGGUGUCACAGCUGUUACUAAUAGCCGCUCUGUAGACCAGGAAAAGGUACUACUUUAUUUCAGGGCUUAUCUAUAGUUAAAUAGGCCUAGACUAGAAUACAGUUUAUAUAUAUGAAGUGGAUAAAACUAUCUAUAGUGGUGCCAUAUUGAAUCACAAGGCCUCAAUGUGAAUAGGGUGAGAACGGGGACCGUGUGUUUUUAGAUGGUGUAUUAUUUUUAACACAUUGAGCUACAUUUUCAGUUCAUCUGUAUCUUAGGUUAUGUUUAUCUCAACUGAUUACUAGCUAUUUUGCUUUGUAAUUCUCAGGCUUAAUUUUUCACAUUCAGAUUAAUCACACUUUCUUUUUUGGAUUAUUUGAAACUGUGGCACAUAUGAAAGUUGCUAAAUUGUUUCAAAAUGAAGUUGUCAUUUGAAACUGAUGAGACCUUCAAGUAAUGUACAUUUAAGAGUGUCUGACACUUAACCAAAUUUAUAUUUUGUAUGUUUGCGGUGUCCAUAACAUGCGCUGAAGAUUUUGCAUUGUUUAUUUCCUCUUUCUGAAUAUAUAUACAAAGCAACCAGUGCAAUCUAAAUCAACAAUCUGCAACACGAUGUAAUGACCAUCCAGGAAGCUCUUCAGAAAGGAGAGAAAAAUGUACCUCCCUGUCUGUUGUUUGCAACAGCAUCUACUCUUAUUUAGUAUGUUUAACUUAAACACUUGUCCGUAAACUUUAAUAAUAUAGAAGUGAAAAUUGUGUCUAUUAAGAAUUCAAAUGUUAAGAUUUGUUUUUCAGUAAAUGAAUGUGUUUUGACUUGCCUCUGAGGGUUGUCUGCUAAUGCUGAUGUUGUUAUUCAAAGGCAACUUUUAGUAGCCCUCCCGAGUCCCCUACACAGUUACUUGAUCUGUUGGAAACUGUGAUAUCAACACAGCUGUGUUUCAAGUCUGUAAUGAUGCCUUUGUUAUAAGCAUUUGUAAUGCACUUUGACUAGCAUAGAAAACUGAAAUGUUCUCAUUUGCCCUGUUUUGUUUGUACAGCAUUUGUGCUUCAAUGUAAAUAUUGGGGUUAUGUAGUAGCUCACCUGCUGUGACCUCACUUAGGGGACGUAAAGCAGGAAGAGUAAUUACAUUUAAACAAUGGAAUGUGAAUAUUUAUAUUAUUAUUUCACCAAACUUCAUAACCAUUUCUCUGCUAAUGGUACGAAAGGUUUGACAAUCAUUAUUUAGAUUUUAUCAUUCUUGUAUUGGCAUUGAGGUUCAAGUUUGUGAAAUUGACAUGUGGAUAUGACAUUGAACAAUAUGGAGUAAAUUGUGUUUUGUCAGGUUUUAAUGACCCUAUGACAACCUAAAAAAAAAAACAUGUUUUAACUGAAAUUCUGUUUUUUAAUCAUCACUACUAGGACAGUGACCUUGGUGGUAUUAGACCUGUAAUGAUAUGAAUUAACUUCAUGAUACGGAGGAAACAGAAGUGCCAUAACUUCCAAACCAGUAUUAUUCUCAUUUUGGUUUUCAAGAUCACCAUGUAGUUCAAUUAGGAUUUUUCUGCAAUUUAAAUCAUCUAAUUUAAUCAUUCUACUUUUGAUUUCUGCAUUGUUCCCAGUGGACGUUUUACCAUGUCUUCUCAAUUCAGGGUUUUUUGUAGAACAAAUUCAGACUCAUGUUCGUUGUUGGCAUUUUCAAAUAUAUAAUGAUUACUUUGUGUAUUUACCUUUCAGCCUUAAAAGUAAACCAUGCUCUGUCCUCAUGUGUUUAUUUGCUCCCCAAAAUGUAUGACUUUAUUAUUUAAAUUGAAUUCAUUCUACAUUUGUAUUAUUCAAUCCAUGUCCCAUGUUGUUUUAGGGUCAUUCAAAGGUUUCACUGCAUUUAGGUUUUAAAAACAAGAUGUACAGUAACGUAACCUGAAUUCAUUGUCUAAAAUUCAUCUGUAGUCAUUCAGUUUUCAUUUUCUUAUCUUCAAUGCCAAACUAUUUGGCCAAUAAUGUUUUCAUUCAGUUCAAUGCUUCUGUAGUCAAUACUGGUUUUAGCCUUAAAUGGAGGAAAUAUUACAGUAAUCUGCUGUAUAUAAAUGUUUUGUUUAUAUUAAACGAUUGUUACCCUUUG